GCGUACCUAUCGAUCUAUUCGCCGAACCAAGUUCCAACCGUGUCUCAGAACAUGCAGUCCUAUACCGAGGCAGUUGUAGAGAGCAGUUGCGAACCAGCAUAUGCUGAUGUCAAUUGGGACGAGUUGGGAUUCAAUCUUAUCCCGGCCGAUUAUAUGUACAUGAUGAAGUGCACCGAUGGCGAGAGCUUUUCGCAUGGAUUUCUCGCUCGCUAUUCCAAGCUCGAACUCGAUCCUUCUGCUGCGAUCCUCAACUACGGACAGGGAUUGCUGGAAGGCCUAAAGGCACAACGGGCAAAAGAUGGUCAGAUCCUGCUCUUUCGGCCAGAAGAGCACGGCUUGCGCAUGAAGAUGGGGGCCGAAAGGCUUUGCAUGCCAUCACCAUCCGUAGAGCAAUUCGUUGACGCCUUGAAGCAGACUGUCCUAGCCAACCAGCAUUGGGUUCCUCCUCCAGGAAAAGGAUCAUUGUAUGUUAGACCUUUGAUCAUCGGAAGUGGACCUGUUUUGCGCAUGGGGCCAGCGCCAGAAUAUACAUUUCUGGUAUAUGCUUCACCGGUUGGUAAUCUGCAUAAGGGUCAGAUGUCCAUGAAAUUGGUCAUCCAGGAUAAAUCCCAUAGAGCUACUCCUGGAGGAACCGGGGGAAUCAAAUCCAUCACAAACUACUCCCCUGUUUUCAAGCCCAUAAGUGAAGCAAAGGCCGCAGGGUUCUCCGAUAUCCUGUUCCUGGAUGCUGCAACAGGAAAAUUCAUCGAAGAGGCUUCUUCGUGCAAUGUAUUUACAGUCAAGGGUAAUGUCAUCUCUACACCGGCAUUACAAGAUACCAUCUUGCCUGGAAUCACAAGAAAGAGCAUAAUUGAUAUUGCUCUCAGCUUCAAAUACCAGGUGGAAGAAUGUCUGCUCAUGGUGGAGGAUGUGAUGGAUGCUGAUGAAGUAUUCUGUACUGGAACAGCUGUGGGUGUCACUCCUGUUGCUAGUGUAACCUACCAGGGCAAAAGGUGCGAGUACAAAACUGGAGACGACACCGUGACCGAAAGGCUUCGCACAAAGCUUGCAGCAAUUCAAACCGGUACAGCCGAAGACGACUUUGGGUGGACUUCAACACUUAACCAAGCUUAACAUCUAUUCUCUACUGCCUAUGAAAAAUGUAGAAAUCAGCUAGCU